UAACCGAAGCUAAACAACUGAGACCAAACAAGUUGCAAAGCAAAAAUGUGGGCCUGUUGCGUGUCUGGCUGUAAAAACCAUUCCUCAACCAGCAAACUGAAAUUUUACAGACUACCGUCUGGAUCUCGGCCGUUUCAGGUCAACCGGAGACGUUUGUGGCUCCAAGCAAUCCAGCGCGUGAACCGUAGCACCGAGGAGCUCAAAGGAAAUGCUCGUGUUUGUGGCGCUCAUUUUAACUCACAGGAAGCGUCCAUGGACCAUGACAGUCCGGACUUUGUGCCUUCGGUGUUUACAUGCGCUAAACAGAACCCCAAGAAAAUAGUGAAACGGUAAGAGAAUGUUGUUAGCUAGCUAGAUAACGUUAGCCAUAGUUGGCUAAGUUGUUGUGAGUUUGCGCGCCCCAGUUUGUGUUUCACUCAGGCUAGUAGUGUGCUGGCCAGCAAACGAGCAACAACAAAACACAGUCCUACAUUACGCUUAUAUCAUUUCAUGUGUUAUCAUCUAAGUGUUGCUCCUUGUCUGUUAGUGUUGGGGGCGUUAUUUCACUUAAAGACCAUAAUUCAAGGUUUUCAUGUAGAACUGAUAUUGAUAACAAUAUUUCACAACAAGAAAGGUAUAUCAAUUGAUACUAGUGAGCUAUUUGCUGCCCUAUUUUCACGAUAUUUAAUGUCUUGCACAUGCCUGUAGAUAAAGAUAACAUGACAUAAAAUGUAAAUGCUAUAAAUCUGUCCUUUCUGUAUAAAUGCAUGGCCACCACACUUCAAUGUGAGGCUUUCUGCCAUAUAAAACCAGGAAACAUUGUUGUGUUUAUGUCUUAACAUUACGUUUGUGCCACUAUAAACGGCUGGUCGAUGCACCAAUCUGUUUAUAGAUGAUCUUUUUAUUGUAUUGAGCCUUGCUCCACUAAUGUAUCUUAGCCCCACUAGCUGUUAAUGCGCAUUCUCUUUCUUGCAUUUGAAACGUUUUCUUACUCUACAUUGAUGAGUGUAUGCGUGACACAUUUAUUGUGUAUUCGGAUCAAAUAGCUUUCAUAUUUUUGUUUAAAGGUUUUACGGUCGUAGAAAAAUGCCACGGCGUACAGGUAAAGUGGAAAUGGAAGAAAACACAACUCCACCCAGAGUUGAUUCUCCUGUGGACCUCCAGCCCUCUGUUUUGAUGGCGAAAAUACAGACGCCAUCAACUCCAUCAGUGCCACAGGAUGGAGAAACUUUGACUACAGAGCCCGAGACUGAAACUACACCCGUCAAAUCACAAACAACCUCCAGCCCAUACAAGGCAUCGCCAUCAUUUGAAGCUCCAGUGGGCAUCCCAAAUCUAGAGAAAAGAAGUCCCAUUUUGCUCCUUAAACGUAUAUAUCGACCAGCAGGUGGAUAUCAGUGUGCACAGUGCAAUCAGAGCUUCGCCGAUGUACCACAGCUCAUGAAACACAGAAAACUGCAUGACGAAGAAAUCUCCUUUAUCUGUGAAAACUGUGCAAGGCAUUUCACAAGUCACGCAGAUUUCACUGAGCACCAGUGUGAGUCCGAGCCUUCCUUUCCGUGCAAUGUGUGUGAUCGUUCUUUCGUUACAAGUCAUAACCUCAAGCGCCAUAAGCUGCUGCAUGUCAAAGAUGGCAGGAAGUGUGGCAUCUGUGGCGUGCUGUUCUGUCAACGCCACAAUCACGUUUUAUUCCUGCCGUUGCCAGCGUCUAUAACCGAGUAUGAAGAGGAUUCCGCCACCACUCGGCCUCGAAAUGUAGACCGUAAUUUGAUGCCAGAAAACCAUCUGCCGGUGAAGCCUGAGCCGAGUCAGAAUGCUGACCUGGAUUGCGAUGCGCGGAGCAACGUGACUGUUUUACUCGGACCUUUAUCCAAGACCCGUAAGACCCCAUCUGCCUCACGUGCAAGAAUCUCAUCAAAAUUCCACGUACCAGCGUUUCUAAAACCUCCGUCUGCGUCAGGUCUACCGCCACCAGUACCCACGGUCACGAGGAAGCCUCGGCCCUCGUCUCGGUUUAAGCUACCGCCGCCCAACUAUCCUGCAUCCUUCACUCAGCCCCGUCUUCCCCUACAUUCAGAACUCCCACCCUCACUAAAGCUCUUUUCACCACUGUACCUCACCUCAGCAUUACUUGAGGUGAAAAGAAAUUAUGAAUACAUUUUAAGCAAACCAAAAGGUGUUAACAAGAUUGUCGUAAAGGAGGAACAAUGCCAGCUCCCUCUGAUUCCUCCAGAUGAGCAAAGCGUCGAAAGAACUGCUUACGACCUGGAGAUCUGAAAAGAAAUGUGGGUGGAAAUCUAUCACUUUUAAAAACAAACAGCGAAUUAAUAAUUUACUUUGUCUCACUACAAUUUAACCAGAGCAGUCAAACUGGCCCGUUUGCCUCGACUGUAAUGUUCUACGUUUUCUUAGUACUUUUACGAAGACUUGUGCUCUGGAUCACAUUCUGUCAAACACACGAGUUUGUCCACACAUUAGCUGUCUGUAUGAAAUGAAGUGAUCACAUUUUGUUUAGUGUUCCUAUAAUAAGUGUAUGCUGUGAAGGUGUUGCUGCACCCUUGUCUUCGAUGCCUAUUUUCUCUGACAGUUGGGCCUAAUCUGGUUCAGCACAUCGAUGUAUUUUAAUGUCUAAACUCAUAAAGCUGCUAUUUAGAGUGCUGUCACUUUCUAUGUUCCUGACGAGAAAUGAGUUUUUCUACUCUUUGGUAAAUAUCACUGUGUACAAAAGAAGAAUCUGUAACUUACCUGGAUGUUAAAACUGCAGCAGUUGGACUGCAGGCUGUAUUAGUUUUUAGGGUAAUAAUCAGUUAGGUAUGUGAGUAAAUGCACAUUCCUAUGAAUGAUAUGAUUUUGGGAAUAUCAUUAUCCAGCACCAUAUUUGACAUCUGAUAUCUGUUUUCCCAGCUACCUCAGCGACCGGUGAACUGCACAGGAAGUGUUUGUUGUUCAUAGCCAUAUGUUUGCACAUGAAGAUACGUUUUCCCCCACGAUGCAGCAAUUCCAGUAUUUGGGGUACACACAAGUAUUACAUUUUCUUGAGUUGGCUUGUUUGUGCUAAAAUCUGGACGUGGCAGAAAGCAGAGUGUUACUAAAAAUUAGCAUAACAUAUCCCCUUGCUGCUAAUUCUGUUUUUGAUCAUUGUUAGUUUUAAUCGCUACAUUCAAUGGAUGACAAUUUUUACAACCAUGAAUGUUUUCUUUGCCUUGACCACUGUCAUAGCUUUGGAGCAUUGUAACACUCCAUUUACAACAAAGAAAACUCAGAAUUAUGAUUCUGUGGCCAAAGAUGUCUUCAGAUUUGUCCUGCUGGUAGCACCAGAGAGAUUGUUAAAUCGACCCAAAACUGUCUGCCUGCUUGUCUCGGACCAACCUCUUUAUCCGCGUGUCAUAGUGCAUAGAAAUGGCCUCUGUGAGCUGCGAUACAAUCCCAUUGCAAGAAAAAAUCCCACAGUACAAUAACAAUAAGGUGCCUUCAUGCCUUCAUUCGUUGGGCCUUUGUUUGUUUGUGUUUCCCAAAGUACAGCAUGUGUUAGAAGUAAAGAAAAUGAGGCUGCCCAAUAGUACAAUCCACUUAUAACCAUCGAUCACAACCACUAACUAUUAAGUAUAAUAUUUAAUGUUUAUUUGCACAUGUCAUCAUGACUAUUGCUGAGUAAAGUGAAGGAAUGUGUUGUUUUUCAAGAGCCAAAUUUAAACUUUUAGCCCAGCAGCAUUUGGACAUAAAUGACAUUUAAAAAUGCAGACUCGAUAGAAAAAAAACAGCAAUAUAAUGCACUUUAUAAAUGACAUUUUAAAUUGCAUCAUUUGUUUUAUUAGAUAUUUUGGCCCUUUACAAAAUGUAACUGCAGACCUGUUGGCUUUUUAGAAAGUGACCCUUUGUUAGUGACUUUGUUAACAUUUUUAACUGCAGAAUUAAUGAAUUAUUUAGAAAUAACAUCCUUUAACCUUUAUAAAUGAGGCAGAGCACCAACAGAUAAUGGGAUUCUUCACAACCUGGCAAGCCAAACAUUGUUCUUGGCUCAGUUAUUAAUGAUCUAUAUAGCAUUAGGAUUUUUUAAUCUAUUCAUAAAGCUAUUCGUUAGAACAUAUAACUCCUUCAGCAAUGAUGACUUGUUGCUUGCAUUACAUACAAUUACAGUGUUUGACUUUUUAUUGUUUCGUUGUUUUUUGCGGUAACUUAAAGGCAACACUUUUUGACAGUAAGGACAUAUGUCAUAAAUAUUGAUAUCAUUUAGACACGAUUAUAAAUAGUUUUGUGUUCUUUGGCAAAAGAAUGUUCCCAAAAGAAAAAGUAGGUCAAGUGUAUAUUUGAUUUUAUUAGUCAUACCUACAAUUCAUCCCUCCAAAACCUUUUGUACCACAUCUACGUGCCAGAUGCGAGUGCUCAGUCAAUCUGCACGCUGUACACAUCCUAUUGGGCGGGAGGCACCGGGUAAUGGUGGACGAUGGUUCUGAUUGGCCGCGUCGCCUGUCACUCAAGAUGACCGGCAGGAACGAUUGGCUGGCGUUCCCGGACCUAAGCAGCUGAUUGGUUGAAAUGUGUCCGACUGGCUGCUUAGAUGACAGGCAAGUGGUGCUGAUGCUGUGACAAUGGGAGUCAUCCAGAUAAGCAUCAUCUGGACCGAGUGUGUUUAAAACACAGCGGCAGCACACGCGCGCGCACGCACGCUCACUGUGAAGGGACGGGAAAGCAGCUGAGAAGGAUCACGAGGAGUAACCUCCAGCUGCUGCUCCGAAAAGGUCUAGUGAUGGGAGCGUUCAGCCGGCAGAAGUUUUUCCAAGAGCUGGCUCAUGGCUGCCUGCUGCCUACAGCUCAGCAGGGAAUGGAGCAAGUGUGGCAGCUGCUGGUUAUCUGCCUGCUGUGUCGGCUUCUCUGGAUGUUGGGCCUCCCUUCUUUUGUGAAGCACCUGGGCACAGUAGCAGGAGGAUUCUACACUCUCUACCUGUUCUUUGAGCUUCAUAUGAUCUGGGUGGUCCUCCUCAGCCUCCUCUGCUACCUCUUCCUCUUCCUGUGCCGCCACUCCACCAUCCGAGGCACCUUCCUCUCCAUCACGGUGCUCAUCUAUCUGCUGCUGGGAGAGCUGCACAUGAUGGACACCACCAACUGGCACAAGAUGAGAGGUUCACAGAUGGUGGUUGCCAUGAAAGCCAUCUCUCUGGCCAUCGAUCUGGACAGAGGUGUGGUGACCAGCGUACCGUCACCCAUCGAGUUCAUGGGCUAUAUUUACUUCGUGGGCACCGUCAUCUUUGGUCCCUGGAUCAGCUUCAACAGCUACAAAGAAGCUUUAGAAGGACGUAAGCUGAGCUUUUCAUGGCUGUUAAAAGUGUCUGUUAGCUGGGUGAAGAGCCAGGUGUGCCUUGUUAUUUCCAACUGCGUGGCACCCUACCUCUUCCCUUAUUUCAUACCGAUCUAUGGAGACAAGCUACUAAGAGGCAAAAAGAGGAGGAAGAUCAGAGGUAUACCGGCAAAGUGGCUGCUGGCGUAUGAGAACACAAUGUCUUUUCACUUCAGCAAUUAUUUUGUUGGUUAUUUGAGUGAGACCACCACUACUCUGGCGGGAGCAGGCUUCACAGAGGAGAAAGAGAACCUCAAAUGGGACAUGACUGUAGCCAAGCCACUGAGUAUAGAAUUCCCCCGGUCGAUGGUGGAGGUGGUGACAUCAUGGAAUCUGCCCAUGUCUCGCUUUCUGCACACCUAUGUUUUUAAGAGUGCCCUCAAAUUUGGGACGUUCUCCGCCAUUAUGGUGACGUAUACGGCCAGCGCCCUUCUGCAUGGUUUGAGCUUUCAUCUGGGUGCGGUGCUCAUAUCUCUGGGGUUCAUCACGUACAUUGAGCACGUGUUGCGGAAGAGGCUUGCAGCUGUUUUUAAUGCCUGUGUACUGUCAAAGAAAUGUCAGCCAAAUUGCACUCACCGUAACAAAAAGAAGCUAUGGGUGUAUGUGAUUAACAUAGCAUUCAGCGCUUUGGCGAUACUCCACCUCACCUACCUGGGCUCUGUGUUCAACUCAAGUGUGGACUACAUGGAGGAGAAUGAGGAUGAUAUAACCCAUCAUACCAUUCGGAAGUGGUCAGAGCUGAGCUGGACAAGCCACUGGGUCACAUUUGGAUGCUGGAUAUUGUACCGCCUCAUUCUCUAAUAAUGCAAGACGGACAAAGUGAAGCAAUAAUGAGAGACGUAAGGUUGGUUCUCCACCUCUGCACUGUGACUUUAUUCUGCAUCAGACCGAGGAGAACAGAAUCAACCCGUAUACAACAAUAAACCAACACGGUUGCGCCGCAUGUUGGCCGGGUAGUCUAUUAUUCUAACCUGCUGGGGACUAGUUUUGAUACCCAUGAAAUGAUAGCCCACUCCCCCUCCUUUUCUCCGUAUAGCAAGCUUUUUUAUCUGAGCCGCAGUUGUCAGGCCCUCAUGUGACGGCAGUUACCGAGGUCUCACUGUGAGUCGCAAUCAAUACUUAUCAGCAUGGUGGAGAUCGACUGCUCCUUUCUGUGGACACACGAUAGAGCCCUAUUAUCUAGGUUUCAGGGUCGCGGCAGAUGUCCUCCAGAUGUGGUUUCCCCCUCACCUCAAGUGUUUUACAAUCGUAUUUAUAGGUUUAAAGAUAAGGCUGGUGGUUUUCUACCAUAUUGUUAUUAUCAACAAAUCCCAUGAAAAGGAAAAGCAAACAUUAGAGUCUCUGGCUCUCGGCCCUCAGCCCAUUCUAUAUUUCAUUUAAAAAAAAAGCUGAAUGAGUUUCUAAAAUGCCUGGGCACAGUAGUUUCUAGCAGCCGCUUCUCAAACAAGAGUAAAUAAUGCAUUUGUUAGAAACUAUUUUCAGCAGCGGAUUAAUACAGAUGCUCUAUGCAGCAGGACAACAAUGGAGGUCAAUGACACAGAAGAAAUAAUCCACAUCAGACUUCGGCUAUAGAGGCAACACUUGUUAGAAUAAAUACAUUUAUGGAUUUAGUCUUUUCAUGGGAUUUGUUGGCAUUAAAAAAAAUACAGAAUACUCCAGACUUAUCCUUUGACAGUGUAUUGUGCAUGUGUAAGAUAACAAAGAGGGGCUUUUUUUGGAUGAAAAGAGCACAGGUUAUGGUUAUGAGGCAGCACUUACAAUGUAUGAUGAUUUUCCCUUUUGUGAAUUUUAGAUAAAGAAAAUGAAUCAGUAAUCUAUGAACUAAUUUUGUGGUGAAAUUUCCUAAUGAUGUUUGUAUUUUGUUUUGUGUAAUUAUGAUAAUUUCCUUUAACAAUUUAACAAUUUUCCUUUGCUUAGAGAAGAUCUUAUCAGUAUAUGUGAACAUUUGAAUAACUCUUUCACUCCUCAGUAUUGAAAAUAAAUGUUUAGAAUCAGGGUAUUUCACACUUGUUACUGUACGGGGGAAAGUGUUUAAACUUCUUUUCUAAUUUCAUAGUGGAUGAAAUGAUACAGUAUAUUGAAUAUUAAUCCUUAAGUACAGAUUUUUAUCACACCGCUGCUUUAAAUGGGGCAAUUAUGUAAUUGAUGAUUACCUGAUGAAAGAAUCAAAGUGUCUGUAUCAGAUUGUGUUCACUCUCUGUCUGAAAUCUAGCACGUCAAGAGGAUUUGCUUCAUGACUAAGAUGUAGUGUUUUAGAUGAGCCUGGAUGUUUGAUCACUUGUUCUCAGACAUGAACAGUCUCUUCAGACCUAAUACCACUCAAUCCGUCAAGUACAGUAUAUUAAAUAGUAUUCUGAUAUUUACUUUAGGACAACAUUUCUCCCUGUAAAUGUGAAGGCACUGAUACAUCUGUGAUAUUUUUAUAAAAUUUUACAUCAA